GUUGCUGUUUCCAAAACAUGUAAUCCACCGAGGCCAAGGGCCAUUUGUGUGGAUUCAGAUGACGCAAGACUCCAUCAACAGCCAGAUUUGGGUGAUAGUGGUGGCCCAUUAAUUGACUUUGAAUCUAGAAAACAAGUUGGAGUUAUUUCAGGCCAAAUCGAAAUGACGAUACUAUACCCAAACGGAACAAUCGAGAAGCCAACUGUUCAAAUUUACGCUUCAACUUUUGGAGGCGCUAGCUUCAUUAAUGGCUUUCUGUAA